AUGUAUUCUAAAUCACUUUUCAUUAUAAUCAAUAUUUUUCUUAUUUUGUUAUUUCAAUCAACCUUUAAUCAUUCCUUUCCUUUAACUGAACAAGAGGUUGUCCCUUUAACGGAGCAAGAGGUUGCCCUUUUAACUGAACAAGAGGUUGACUCUUUAAAUAGUCAGGAUAUUCCUUUAUUUGAACAAGAUAUCGGUUCAUUUUAUUGUGAAGACGGAUCAAGUCUAGAAUGUUGCCCUCUCCUAUCACGCAAUUUUGCGUCGAGACACCAUUCACGUGUCGCUACAAUUGUGCUCAUUAAUAAUAGCGGUUAUGAAAUGGAGCUGGUAGCUGUCAGCCUUGAAAGUGGUCGGUGGAUUACUUCAAAUGAUAAUAAUUACAACAUUAGCUGUGAACCACAAAUCUACCCUCUCGCAAACGGUCAGGGAGAGGCUUUUUCUAGCGUUACAAGUCAUUUUCUCGGAGGUGUUAAAGGUUAUGCCAUCUUUUCCAUGAAUGAUGACAUUUUAAGCAAUUUCAUUAUCUCUUGGUCGGUUCCAACGAUUGGCUCUCCAAAAUAUAAAAUCAGUGGUAUUAGUUUAUCAGAGAAUUAUGACAUUGUUCUAGAACGUGACCUUGGAAAUACGGUUUAUCGAGUUAUAGUUGAAUCACCUACUUCAUUUUGGACCUUAUUUACCAUAAUUCCCCCAUUCGUGAUCUUACCAUGCUGCUGCUGUGCCUGCUUUUCAAAUGAUCCGUCCGAAAGGAGAAAACUUCUCCCCAGUGUUCCAAAUCUUGAUGCUUUACCGGAAUACAGAGACACUGUUCCAAAUCUUGAUGAUCCAUAUUUUGAUGCUCCUCCGGCAUACUCCAGCAUUCCAAAUCGAGGACCCGGAAACAAGUACUCCAAUAAUAAUACAUCGUGUUAA